AUGACUUCUGCUUGUGCAAUCCUACCCACAAUUCAUCUCCAGUGUCAAUCCAAGAUGGAGUACAUGGAAGCAGUUCCGAGUUCAGAAACGCAAACAAGGUACUAUAAGAUUAAUUUUGGCUUCAAAUGAUUUCCUUUACUUAUUUUUUCAUUUUAUAUUUAACAAGUUUCACUCUUUUUCGUUUUCUUUCCCUUGUUUUUUCAGUUUGUGUUGUCAAUGUGGUGUUUUAACCACUCCAAACCCAUCCAACAUGUGCGUUGGAUGUCUUCGGACCCAAGUUGAUAUCACGGAGGGAAUUCCCAAACAAAGUAAUUUGAAUUUCUGCAAAUCAUGUGAAAGGUACGAUACAGAUAUAUUUGUUGUUAUCGAAGUAAAUUUGGUGGAACAGAUUCAAGAGAAACACAAUAGUACACUCUAAACCGUCCGCUUUACCUUAAAACUAGUAACUUUAAUUUGCCUAUGAUCUACGAUUGCUGCAAAAAAUCAACCAGGGUAGCAGUUGCACGUGGAAAGCAGCCUAGACAUGUGAACGAAAGUCUGUCUAAGCAAAUCAUGUUAUUGUCCAUGACUGAUAAUUCUUGUUCCAAUGUAAACACUAGUCACGUGGCAUGGACUAUUUUUGUAGCAAUCAGGGUGAUUGCUACAAUCAUAUGGAAAUUAGCCUUAGCUAGUUGCCUAAAGGUCAUCUUUCCUACAGUUAAGCUGCCCAAGCCCUCGUGUAUUUGUGCUUAGAUACACUCCAAGAAGCCUGGAAAUCUCCUGCUAGCCCCCCUGAGGGGUGGGGGAUAGGGAGCGAGGGAGGGUGGUUAUUAUUUCAAGCAUAUUUGACCUAACAUUUGACUGAAGAACUCCAACUUUUCCCGGGGCGAGGGUAUUAAAAAUUUGAAAAGAAAUCUCCAAAGUGGCAAUAAUGAAUAAGGCAGAAAUAAUAAUAAUAAUAAAAAAUCACGCACCCUUUCUCUUUUUUAUAGAAAUCUGUAUGAUUUUUUGUUUUUACUUGGCUGUAUGAGUGCCUUGUGAUAACAUUCCAUGAUUUCAUUGAUAACUGCAGUUGACCCAAAGCUAGACUCCAGCUGAGAGGAAGAUGAUCGUAAUAAUGAAGAAAAAAAUGAUUUCUUUAAAAGUGGAGUGAUUAUUGAAGGGGGUGCUUAGAGCAGCUGCUACUAAAAUACAAUGGCAUCAGUCUAUAGUUUAGUAUUACAGUGGAACUCCGUUAAUGCGACCACCGUUGGGCCAUAAAAUCCUGGUCGUAAUAACGAGGUGGUCGCAUUAACAGGGUCUUCAAAAUAAUAAAAUGACCCAGUGGUUUUUACGUUUGGUUUGAAAGAAUAUGGCUGUAAUAACAAGGUGGUCUUAUAAAUGGGGUGGUCGUGAGGCGGGAUUCCACUGUACAUACAUACAUACAACCUGUCUUCAUAUACAAAGUCAAGGCUGUUAGCUUGUGGGGUCGUGUAAUAAAAGGAUUGAGCUUUACAGGUAAAUCAUACUAACUUGGUCUCAAUCCUUUUUUGUUUUAAACUCAGGUAUCUUCAGCCACCGAGUCAAUGGGUAGCAUGUGCACUAGAAUCCAGAGAGCUUCUGGCUCUGUGUUUAAAAAAACUGAAAGGAUUGAAUAAGGUGUUAUUUAUUAUGCCAUGUUGGUCACAUGUUGAUGACAGAAUCUGUGUCAGUCUUGCUUAUAAUAAUUAUUUACCUAAACCAAACAGAAUGUGUCCUUUAAAAGUAAUGAUUGUUCAUUUUGAAAUGCUCCUUGUUUAUUUCUCUUGUUAUAAAAUUAUGGUUUCCUUUGCUUUUAGGAAUUUGAUUACUGCUAUAUCAAUCUUUCUAGAAAUAUCUUGUAGUUUUUUGUCGUCAUGUCAUGGUACAGACUUUUCCGCAUGGAAAUGCGUAAGGCAUACCAGCAAAUCUAUUUAGUUAAUGCCCUAGGCAUAAUGCAUGUUUACUUUAUUAUACAAGAUGAUACACAGCAAAGGAGAAAUUCAUAACCCUGCUAACAUUGGAGUUGUUAUCAUAGGAUAUCUGCUGCUAGAGUCGCUAUUUUUUGCUACCUUCGGUUUGUGUCGUCAACCAAAUUCGAACCCAUCAAUACUGCUACCGAGAACUACGUCUAUUUUCGAAACCACAAUGAGGCUUUAAACAUCAUCACUAUUGAACUCUAAGGAUUUUUCAUUAAAUCUGUCUUAAAUUAUCAUGUAGAGUUUGAAUCAUCCAGUGCCAUGCACUGCGCUACCUCUGUAACUUGUUGAGAUUUGAGUAUUCACAAACUCUAGAGUCUCAGAAAUUACAAAGAUUUUCAGUGUUCUGCAUGCUCUGGUGAUUGAUCAGAGCACUGACCUAUCAAUAGUGCUGUCAACAAACUGACUGCGUGUUACUCAUAUUGUAGGUUCGCCUUGUUGAUGCUGGAUUUAUUUGGACAGAACCUCAUUCAAAGAGAAUCAAAGUGAAAUUAACCAUUCAAAAAGAGGUUUGUGAUUUCCUGUUCUGGUUUUUAUCUGUUAACUUAUUGUGUUGAUUUUGUGUUUAAAAAUUGUUUUUUCUUCUUUCCUCUUCUUUAAAAUUUUUGGCCUGUACAUCUUCCCUUGUAUAAAAUUCGAUUUGAGAGGGAAAAAUAUGCUUCAUCCAUUCAUACCUUACAACUACAAACUUUUAGCUCACUAGUAAUAAUGAAAAUAAACUCUCAUUGUUGUAGGUAGUAAAUUCAACAAUAUUACAGCAAGUUUUUGUGGUGGAAUUUGUUGUACAAAAUCAGAUGUGUGAUGCCUGUCAUCGCCAGGCAGCCCAAGAUUAUUGGAAGGCAGUUGUGCAAGUCAGACAAAAGGUACAGAAAACGUGGUACAGUUCUACCUUUUUUGAAUGUGUGUAAGUGGAAGCUUCUGUCAUGGUUGAGAUCUGGUUCAAGAUGGCCUCGGCUUUCAUUUUAUUUUUGUGGAGAUGGAAUGUCAUUAAACCUGGCCUGUAAUAGUUGCAUACAGACAAGUGAAGCUUCUUUUUAAGAUAAAAUGUUGAAUAUCAAGGCACUUAGAAAAAAUGUGGUGGUACACUUUUGUGAUCAGUCUCAAAUCAGCAUUGUCUCAAGUUUGACCUUGCCUAAAUUGCAUUCUAAAAGGCUUAACCAACUGGCUUUUCUCUCUGGAAGGUUGUCAUAGUUCCAGUGUACAAUUUUUGCAGCCAAUUUCCAUCCUUUAUUUAGGUUUAAUGUUUAAAUUUUUUGUUUCAGACAUCCCACAAGAAGACUUUCUUCUAUCUUGAACAGCUUAUUUUAAAACACAGUGCGCACCAAAACACUGUUAAAAUCAAACAGGAAUCAGGUAAUUUUAUUGACUGAUAUUAUCUUAAAUAGUUCUAAAUUAUUAUCAAGAGAUACGAUGGAAUUCAUGCAAGGAGGUAAUAUGGUGUAAUAGUUAUUGUAUUGGGCUUGCAAUGAAUCCAGAGGUUUCAGUUUUUAAUCCUACUUUGACCACCUGUUGGAUUCCCUGAGGAAUUUGAGGUCAGCUCCUUGGUGAUGUGUACUAACUGGCAUGGUACAAUUAUACCAGCUGCCUGUAAUGAUACAUGUCUUUAUAAUGAAUUGUAACCGAUAAAUCAGAAUAUAUUGUGAUAAACCAAUAGACGGGUGUAGAUGUAGGGAAGGUGCCAGGUCAAAUGGAGGGAGCUGCAAGGUAACACAACCAUGACAACCCCGUGAGCAGCAACCACCAGGCACUGUCACAGUGAUAACCGCAGUGGAGAGUAUUGCAGAUUGAUAUUUAGCACAAGAAAUUUAGAGUAUUGGGAGGACUGGGAACACAAAUGGCUCAAGUGACUGCAUGCAAACAGCAAUGUGAAGGAAAUGAUUGAUCUAAGUGAAAGCACUGAAAACAUUACCAUAGCCCAGCUGCAAAUGAAUUAAGACCGUCCCAGAUAUGAUUAGUCAUGGAGACUGCUGGUCAGCAGAUGGUGUCUUGUGUUGAAUUUCACCUGAACUACGUACAUUCAGCAACCUUUAACAAUAUUUGGUUGUUCCUGUAGAUGGUGUGGAUUUUUUCUACGCAUCCAGAGCUGAUGCUCGCAAGUUUGUUGAAUUCCUUCAGUCAGUAGUCCCCUGUAGGUAAGUUGAGGGCUCAAAAGAUCCCAGCCAUUAAUCCAGCCCAAGUGUAUUUUAUUUGUUAGACAAAUAACUUUUCAUUGGCAACUUAGACAAGGAAGCAACAGACCUGGGCUACAACCAAGUGCAAAAAUGUUGAGACACUCCAAUGAAAAACUGGCCUUUUUGACUUGAAAUCUCUGCUAGUCCCACUACUGUGCAAUAUGAUACUCACCUCCCUCCUACCCUCCAUUCAAAGCUGUUCCUCCAUAUUUUGAGCAUGGUCUUGUAUUGCUAGCAUCUUUGAUAAGGGGAGGAGGGGGGAUCACAAGAACAGGAUCAUGGGCAGGCCAUUUAAGCCAAAAUAAGGUAGUGUCUCAAGUACUUUUGCAACUGGUUGUAGCAAAGUUUGUAUGGGAAAAGCUGAAAUUCAAUGUUUAUUUUCAAGCCCUGAAGUACAGCUGUAGCCUGCGAGUAAACAAGCAUCUUUGGAGAGCUUGCUCGCAGACCCUGAAGCCCUAAAGUUGGCAUGUGCAGUACGUCUAGUACUCUUUAUUGGAUAACAGAAACAAGCUGUUUCCUUCACACACUUUACCUGGCAAUUGUGUGGGUUUGAGUCAUGACUUACAUGUAAGAGAUACAUCACAGGUUGAAGUCAUUGAAUCAAAACCUAUUUAAGGUAUUAUAUAAAGCCCUUUUUGAUACCUUGACUUAAGUGUUUAUGCUUUUUUAGAUCAGUGUUGGUAGCACUAUCACCUCUUUCCAUACACCUCCAGCCUAUUUAUAAUGAUGGGUACCAUUUUUUUAGGUGGCACCUCAAUGUAGAGCCUCUCUUCCAUUCUGCACCUGUUCCCACCACAAACACAUCCCUUAUCCCUCUCAUAUGAACAAAUAAACAUUCUAAUUGUGUGCAAUAAUUUUUGUUUCUUAUUUGUUGUCAGGUACAAGACAUCUGAGAAGCUUAUAUCACAUGAUGUACACAACAAUACAUAUAACUACAAAUACACUUUCUCUGUGGAAAUUGUUCCUGUCUGCAGGGUUGGUUAACUCUUUAUUAAUUUUGUCACAAUGUAAUAACUCAACCUUUGAUUAUUGACUUAUAAUUAACUCUUUUUAUGACUUUCAGGAAGAAAUUAUUUGUCUCCCUUUGAAAGUGUCAAGAUCAUUGGGAAAUAUCAGGUAAUGUUUCAUGGUACAGUAAAUCAAUACAUUUGCUUAAUCUGUGUAUACAGUGUAGUUAUUUAAAAGAGUUUGUAAAAGGUUUGAACCCAGGAGUCAUUUUAUAAGUAGGUUGAGAAUGAUCUUUCGGGUGAACGUAGUCCUGAAUAGGACUGUUGUGGUUAACAGUGACUGAUGUUUCGAUAACCUGUGCGGUAGUCAUCUUCAGAGUCAAAAUGACUUGUAUCACAUCCGUUGAUGGUAUUAAUUUCUGGUUAUUGACCUGAUUGGUCAAUUAAGUCAUGAAUCAUGUUACUGGUUGUCUGUCAGUUAAGCCAAGAUGUUAUUGGCUCUGAAGACUCGUAAUGCCAUUGGUGCGUUUCAGUCCUUCUGUUUUCACAGUAAAACAGUCAUUUAUUGUUAGUCAAAUUUUCAGUUCUCUCAUAGUUAGUUUUGCUUGAUGAUCAAACCUUUCAUUCCAAGACUGAAAUUGUGGAAAGAUGAUUCAUCAUUCUGACUUGAGCAUCUGUGGAUGAAACCCUGUGGUGUUACCAUUCAUUAUUGAAACCUCUGUGAUAAAAAUUCAGCACAUUGCUGUUUAUAAAUAAAUUAUGUUAGAAUUUUACAAAAUGAAAAUUUGCAAUUUUUGGCAAAGUUUUGUUAAUCAUUACUUUGGCCCUGUGAGACAUGAAAGGGUUGCAUUAGUGUUCUGUACAGUAUACUCUGUGGUUUUAAUGCUAGGGUUCUCUUUUUUUAUGUUCUAAAUAGCCAAAUUGUCAUCUGUAACCGAGUCAACACAAGUCUACAGUUAAUUGAUCCAGUAACAUUACAGAGUAAGUUAUCAUUUAUUAUUAAUUUUUAGUGGGCCAGUAGAAUUUGGUUGUUUUAAUAACUAAAGGACACACAAUUAUUUUUACAGUCUUCAAUGAUCUUAUUAGUCUCGCUUGCUUUAGCAAAGCGAGAAUCUUAAAAUGCAGUUCGGUUUUUUUUUUUUCGGUGGGACCUAGUUUGUAGGUCCCGCGUUCCAAGCGAAGACCGUGGAAACUGGGGAUAAGAAUCGUGACGACUUUCAUUGUAUGGAAAUGAGUCUCGUGAUGAGCAUGUGGUUUAUUUUGGGGGAUGACUGGAAUAACGCGCAAUGUUUAUCACGUUUAAGUGCUUUUCUUCCAUGCAAGAAAUCAGACUUUGUCUUUUGCGUUAAAACAGGUUACGUUUCAUGCUUAUGACAUAGUAAGCCGAUAAAAUCGUAAGUGCAAAACAGACAUAACAAAAAGUAAAACUGUAAACUCUCUCUGAUCUUAUGGUAAUUUGGUUCUGACCUUCACGAUCACGUGCGAAAAAGUAAAUACAGCUAAACGUGACAGAAAGAAUAGUUUUGUAAAGACGUGUUCCGGGUCAUGGUAGCGCAGAAUCUGGGGAUGAAAAUCGACACGAUGCUCUCAAUCUCAGUGAACGCUUCGAAAAACAACGCGCAAUUGUCCGAAUGUUAUGUUUUGAGACGAAAAAUUUGGAAAGAUUAAUGGAUUAUACGGUGAUGUCGCUUACAAAUCCACACACCAUUCGUGGUAGACCCACACUAAAAGAUGUCGAGCGUUUUCGGAAUGGUUCGUUCUACGAAUUCUGUCGUUUGAAAGCGUUGAUAACUUUGAAAGAAGUGAAUACAUCAGAUGUUGAAACAAGGAAGAAUGUUCAUGAGCAGAACUUCGAUGAUGAGGUAAAAAACAACAAGCAAAUCGUCGUUAAUUUACCUCUCGUGUUCAACAGCCUGAUUCUUUUCCUUUUUUCCAUGAUGCUGGAUACUUAAUUGUAACGAACAACUUGAUAUUUCGUACAUCAUUAAUAUUAUUGUACAGGCGAUGAUAAAUGUCGAGGAAACAAAUCUUGGGCCGAUUUUGGAAUCUUUGAAACUCAAAUGAAAUUCAAUGAAAUUGCCUGAUUUGACUAACCUGAUCUAGAAUUCUUAUGUAUUUGCGAAAUACUGUAGGAAAACGGCAUAAAAAAGAAUUCAAAUUCAUUUUCGGCGACCGAAAUUUACGGCUUCGAGACAGCACUUCCGUUUGCUGUCCACUUGCUGUCCACCGCAACAGAUGAUGACGGAAAUGACGUAGUAAGGUAAAAGUGUUCAAGAUCAGAGCAAUAAAAGGAGAUGGUAAACCUACACGACUUUUACCUCAUGCCAAAAUGCUGCUCGUUCCAAUAAAGUUUUUUUCGUCUGCUGGGUAGAUUAUGCUCUGGAAGGUUCUACAUUUUCACUGAGUAAAUGUUAUUUUACCCGCAUGUUUCACACUGAGAGAUCAUGACACACAUAUCGAUUUACUGUGGCUAUUAGCGGGGAAGAGCGUUGCGUGACGACAUUAAAAACGGCUGUGUAGCAGACUAUUUUGAAGCAUGAUGGUGAAGCUUUUUAUUACGGCUGAAUGAGGGUUCCAAUUUUCUCCAAAGUAUCUUCUGGAUCUGAAUAACUAAGCGAUUUUCUUUAGUCCAUGAAUGUAAUGUUUUUGUGCAAUGCUGUAUCACGUUAAGCCCAACUCAUUAGUUUUGUUUGGAAAAUCUUAAAUUAUUACGGGUAGUGAUUUACACGUCGUGUGUACUGUUGCAAUAAAACGUAAUACUGAGUAGAGCGGAGGUACAAGGCAACUGUAAUAUCAUCACGACUGAGCCAUUCUUCGGUGGUUCCAACAAUGUGAUCACUUGCGUCUUUGGCUGUUCGUUUUGCGACUGGGAAGUGGGAAGCCUUUACACAAGCGAAACCUGCUUAAAGACAUCGAAGACUGUUGGCAUGUACACAACAAAUCUUCAGUCUUGAAAGAUCUUCACUUCACUUAAAACUCUGUUGCCUUCGCAUAGAUCUCUAAGAUCUUUAAAACUCCCUCCGCAGCUGAUGUUUUGAUUCUCGAAUUAGCAGCGGUCUGUUGCUUUUGCGUUUCCGGUCUCAUUCACUUCCGUCACCGAGAGAUGCGGUUCACAACGAACCAAGUCACGUGGUACAAGUAUCCUCCCUUAUCCUUUUUUUUACUCGCCACUUCGCGCUUCGGUCGCCCUUCUGGCGACGGUCUUCCGUCACCCUUCGGACGACCUGCUGUGCACCAACGAGAAUAUAGCUUGCGGUUAUUGAUUUUCAAAAUGGCGAACAACAAAGUCGAUCUGGAUCAGGUAAAAAGCAAAGAAAUCCUUUACAGUAGAUUCAUUAAGAUCCCAUUGGGCUAAUUAAUCGUGCUAAGCGACAGGUAUAAACAUUUUUCGAGGUGAGACUUUAAAUAAUUAAUUUAUUUAUUCACACGCAACUCCUCUGGACCCUGUGCAGUAGAUUGAAAUCAUAAUUCAACUUUUUCACUUGCUGUCGGUGACUCUGAGGAAUUAUGACGAACCCCUGACACAUAAUGUAUGAUCCAAAUCAGGUUACCAUUUUAUUCAGGCAAAUGAGAAAGACUGUUGGCCAUUUAUUUAAUUGACUUUGAGUUUCUUUUGGUAAAUUGAACAUGUCUGCAGAUCUUCAGCUUUAAAGUGAGAGUCUUUCAUUAUUGAUCUGUCCGGCCAUAAUUUCCAUCUGCAGUUACAUGCAGGUUUUUGUCAGACUUUGGGCAGAUUUUACUCAGGCAUAUACGGUGACAGACUGUUAUUUGCAACUCUGGGCUUUACCAAUCUUCUUUGUUUUCUGCAGUGUCAAAAAGUUAUUUUGAUAUUUCAAUUAAUUCUGUGAACUUUUAGUGACCACUAACUUGUCUAAAAUAUCACUUAAUUAUAAGGUGGAUGUACUCUCUGAUUAUAUCAAGCCAACACUGUAGUAUUCUUAGAAAAAAUGUUUUAUAAAAUUGAUGUAAUUUUGUUUUGUUCUCAUUUUAGCUGCAGACGUAACAGCACCAAACUUCUGGCGUUUUCCAUUUAAAAGUCUGUGUACAUAUAAACAGCUGACAGAGUUUAUGGUUCUACAAAUAGAACCGGUUGAAUCACAAAACCCUAAAGCAUCCAGCAGCAACCUCAGUCAAAGGGUAUAAAAUGUUAUUACAAUAUAUACUGUUGCCAGAAGGCUCUCAGAGACCCCUGUUUCUAUUGGCCGGUUAAACCAUGCCUGCUAUUGCUGUUAGUGAUGACACGAAUGGGUCAUUCAUCUGUUAUUUGUUAGCCAUUUAAACAACUCAUUCUUAGAGCUUUGUGGUAACUCUGUGUAGUUCUACAAAUGUAUGUUAAUAGUCUGUGCACAUGUACUUUUUAGGUACAUUACAUUGGCUUUUGGUUCUCGUAAUGGAGCUUUUUGUCGGAAUUUUUAAACCCCUGUAAGUCCUCUAGUAAAAGUUCAUAAAAAAAUUCAAACUUCUGUGGGUGAAAUCGUAAAGAUAAGAGUAGUACUCAAGCAUUUGUGUUGUCUACUAAGGGUGAAAGAGGUCCAAGGGUAAAAGAGUUAAAAUCUUUGCUUUUCCUGUCUGUAGCCAUUCCCUCCCCAUGAAAAGAAUAGAAACUGUUACCUAUAAUUUUCUUUCUUUUGGUGGACUAUGUACAAUACAAUACAAUACAAUAUUCUUUAUUUAGCAUGUUUGUGGGUCAUUUUUUGUUGGUCUUUGAUUCAGGACUUAUUGGCUUUGGCAAGUUCUGGAUAAUGAAAAGACUGUUGCUUUACCAAUGUCUUUACUAAAAGUUUGUCAGGACCACUUGUUACUUCUGAUACAUUGUACAGUGCAACCCCAUUAAUACAGAUCAAAAUAUGGAUCAAAAAAAUUCGGCCGUAUUACUGAGUUAUAGUCAAAUUUCAUGACUGGAGGGCUGUAAUAACAAAUAAUAUUAAUACAACACUAAUUAUUGCAUUCGCACCUUUUGAACAACUAGUAAUUACAAAAACUAUUUGAAACUUUCCUUCAGGACAUAGCACUAAAAAUUGGCUUUUGAACUGCCACAAAUGCAUUUUAAGCAUACUGUAGUUUAAAAUCAAUACAAGAGAAUUGAGAGAUCAAACUCAGCCUACCAGGUUAAAUUGAAAUUGAAAUUGUCACAAGCAUUUCAAUUUUCUAAAUUUCAAAAGGGUGGCUGUAUUAAUGGGGUGAAAUUAUAACUGAUUCUACUGUUUGGGAUUCUUAUAUGUGGUGGUUGGCCAUGUUAACGGGUGACCGCAUUAAUGGGUGUUUUUUAAUAAGAAAAUGUAUGGCCAUUUUGCCAGGCCAUAAGAAAGUGGAUGCUAUAUUGAGGUGACCAUAUUGCUGAUGUGGCCGUUAGGCUAAAUAUAUACUGGAAAUGUUAUAGGAUCUCCUUUUGUUGUUUGUUGAUUUGAACUACAGUCAACUCCGGAUAACUUGAACCUUCUAGGGAAAUCAAAACAAGUUUGAGUCAUUGGAAGUUCAAGUUAUCGGGAGUUCAAAGCAAAUAACUGGGAAUAUGCAAAUAAGCAAAUUGUUGGAGAGGGAAUGCAACUACUAUGCACCCUUCGCUUCAAGGGUGGCAAAAGAUAUAGAUUAAUAUUUUAAAAAAAGGAAUUACGAGAUGGACACUGAAUUUGAUCUUGAGUGACAGAAAAGUAAAAGCAAAGAAUUGACAUGAAGGAUUCUUGUUUUGAUUGUUUUUUCAUUUUGUUUUGUCAAUGUUUUGGAUUUCAGUUCACUGUUUAUUUUUAUGACUUGUCAUGAGUUAUUGAGGGUAGAAUUAUAUAGAAAUGAUCUGAAGGGAAACAAAAAUUACUUCAAGUUAGCAGGAGGUUCGAGUUGUUGAGGGUUCGACAUACUGAGGGUAAAAUUACAGUAAGUGUAUGAAGGAAAUCCAGGGGAAAUUGACUUUGGUUCAAGUUAGUGCGAGGUUCAAGUUAGUGAGGAUUCGAGUUAUCAGGAGUCAACUGUACUAUGUUUGUUUUCUUACCUAUUUUCAGCAUGUACUGGCAGAUGCAUGGGUUGCGCGUAUGCAGGAUCUUGGUGUAAAUGACACACAGUAUCACUGCCGUACACACUUGGGUCACUUACUGAAGACUGGAGAUACUGCACUAGGGUAUGAACCACCUUCCAGUUAAUGCUGGGUAACAUCACCCCUCCAUACCCUACAGAGUAUAAAACUGUUCACAACAAGGUUUGAUUACUCCCCCUGUUCCUUACCGAUUACAUGCCCUGAGGUGAUUGCUUCCCUGUAACCUGAGGGAAAAAGAACCUCUUAUACCAUUAUGUAAUUAAACUCAUCUUUUGUUGUCAUUGUACAUGUAACUGUUUUUUCGGUUUAAACCGCUCAGUUAACUAGUAAAGGUCAUUAAGGACAGAAAUAUCAUGAUAUGUACAUGAAGAGCAUGGAGAAUUAACUUAUUAAUGUUGUCGGAUCUUUCUUUUAGAUAUGAUUUCACCUGUUCAAAUAUGAAUGAUGACAAUUUGAGUAAAAUGAAUGCUGAACGGAUCCCAGACGUGGUAAGUAUUGGUGCUGCAUGGUUUUGUGAACUUACAUUAUAUACUACAGUCAACUCUCUCUUAACGGACACCUCUAUAAGACGGACACCUCUGUAAAACGGACACCUACAGUUGGUCCCUGCCUUUCUUUACUCCCUUUGUUUGACUCUCUAUAAGACGGACACCUCUCUAAGACGGACACUUAGAGCCGGUCCCAAAGGUGUCCAUCUUAGAGAGAGUUGACUGUAUACUAAAAUUUAUUUUAAAUACACCUUUGAACAUACAUGUAAAUGUAUCUGACAUUGGUAUGGUUUUUCCAAAUAAUGGGUUAUCUGUUUUAUCACUGAAUGGUUGCCUUUAGUUAGUCCCAAGUCCAAAUUCAGCGAUGAACAUUCACCCUUUCUUAACAAAUUUAUAUUUCCAGGUUUUGGUCAAGAAAUGUUAUGGUGACAAAAAGAAGCGGCAAAAGAGAAGAAACUGGAAGCUGAAAACUCUUAACAAGGAAGUGGCUGGAAUAGACCAUGACAGUCUUGGCAGGUGAAUAUUCAAUUUACAGGGGAACUGUCAAAACUUUUAUACAGUCUGAAAUAGUGGCUUACAUUAAGACAGCAAUAGAUCUAUUAUGCCUGUACAUGUAUGAUUGUUUUAUUAUUCCUCUUGACAAAGGUACAGUGUUAGCUCCAAGAGCUUGUGUGUAGUCAACAUUUUUUUUUUCAUUUAAUUCUAGCUCUUUUUAUGAAAUUAUUAACACACUUUUUGAAAUAACUUUUCUUUAAAUUUUAAACCAUAUCUACUGUCACCUGUUGCUAUGGAUGGGUGUGGUAGAAACGGAGGCAUAAAAGUAAAACUGAUGUGCAUCUGUCACUAAGUGGAUUCUCAGUUUUUACUGUCUUAGACAGAGCAUUAUCAUCAUCGUCAUCACCUUAUUUGCUACAGCAGGUUAUUUCAUGUAUAGGGCAGGUACCCAACAGACCCAACGGACCCAGCUGACCAGUCAUUGGUUCACCAGCCCUUAUGUAAUACAUGUUUUUUAUCUCAACCUUCUCAGGGAUUAUGAUGCUUUCCUGGGUGAUCUGGAGGAAGACAAGUCUUACAGACAAAAUAUUAACAUCUAUGUUGGUAUGUCAUUACAUCGACUAUACAUGGAGUUUUUUCCUGUUAGCCCUGUUUUGCUAGGCCUCCUGGGUAGAUUCUAAAGACAAGCUUGACCGAUGACCUCACCACCAAACUCGCUGAGGGUCACUGGGAACGAAGCUGUUUAAUGUGGUUUUGUUCUGUUGAGUUUUUUAUCCCUUGUCCUUUUUUUAUUUACGUAAUUUUUUAAAACCGUAAACUGAAAAACGAUUCUGAAUCAUUUUUAUUAUUGAUUCUCUUUCAGACCGUGAUUAUAAAGGCGCCCCUGAGAGUGAUGACGAUACUGAGGCCCCACGGAUAAGUCUCCAGGAGAUGUUAGAGGACCUGCACCUGGAGGCACCUGAUGGAGCCCCAUCUGACAUGAUGACUGAAUAG